AUCGAAGAGCACCUCCGCAGAUCAAGCUCAUUGCUCACCGCUGGUUUAGAUCACCAUUCAACCACACCUUUCUUCUUCUUCGGUUCAGAUCUAGUGAAGCUUCAGUUGUUACCAGAGGGGUUUCUACGUUACCAGAGAUAUAGGGUGAUUGGCAAUGAUCUUUCUCAAUUUGUGGGGCCUCUUAUCUUGAAUCAACUUCUACAGAUUGGCGCCACUAAAGUACUGUCAAUGCUGUUGAUGACAACAGAUUUCUUGGCACCAUAUUUUUCUGCAAGCAGCUUUGAUCUAGAUGAUAAACAGGUUGCUGAUCUGAAAGAUUCUGUAAGCUUUAUUUUACUAGAGCAAUCUGAAGAAAAUGAAGACUUAUUAGUUGCUACCAUCAAUCUUUUCAUUGCUGCUGCUCGUUAUCAGCCUGCUUUUUUUAUUGCUGUAUUUGCCACCAAAGAGUUUAUGGGAGUCCAACCAGGUAAUGCUGGUGAUGGGAAGCUGCCAACAAUUGAGGUUUCCUUUGGGCCAGUAGAGUCUAAAAGUUCAAGCCUUGUAGAUGCAGUACUUUGUUAUGUUGUAAAUUCUGACAGUCAUAUCAAUAAGAAACCCUUUGUGCUUCUUAAUGUACUCAACUUUUUAAAGGCAUUGUGGCAAAGGGCGGCUCAAUAUAUCAAUAUAUUGGCUAGGUUGAAAAGCUCUAAGAAGUUUUGGAAGCAAUUGUCAAAAAUCAUUUCACUAACUUCUCUGGAUUCUUUUACUGAUAGCCUGACUGAGAUGGAAGCUCUAAAUCUGGCAUACAAAUAUCAAUAUCAAUCUUCCAUAAUGGAAAUAAUGGCAUAUGACAUGUUUUUGCAAAAUAAAUUAUCAUAGGUGGAGUCACUAGAAAAACCAGCACCCGAGUCAAAGGGAAGAGUGGAAAAUUCACGAGGCACUGAUAAACCAAAAGCUGCAAAUCUAUAUGAUCAUAGAGAUGUUUUAUCAAUGUGGUGUCAGGGCUCUGUUUUGGUCAAUCUGAUCAUGUCACUUACUACUUAUGAAUAUGAUAACAAAUCAUUUUAUCAUGCAGAUGUACGAUUUUAAUCUCUUUUGCUUUUUAGUUGAUGGUAUAUUCUAAAUAUCUACAUUGAAGACCUUUUGCGGUACUAAAUGUGAUAGAAACUAAAGUUCUUCCCAAAAUUGAGAGAACAAAAGAAUAAACGAAUUGUAUUGAAAAGAACCAAAUCUUGUACAAAGUCUAGGUUAAUUCGAGAAAACCUAGCAAAAUCUCCCAGAGUAGAAAUUCUAAACUUUAAACGGUAACCAAAUUCUUCUAUAUAUCCCUUCCAAGUAUUCUCUUAUACUAUUUAUAGACUAACAAUAAUACCUACUAGCCAACCAAUAGAACUUAAGUAAAUUUACAAGUCAACACACCAAUCCUAUAUAGCUCUAUUCAAUAUCUGAUGCCUAACAAAAUGUUUGCAGAUCAUAUAGUUUUAGAUGGCUUCUUUGAUGUGAUUACUGAUUAUUGGCAUUUUAAGUUAAUUUAUAUUGUAAAUAUAUGUAGGUUUCUGCCAGUUUAGUCACGGUGCAUUUGAUUUAGAAAUUAGCUACUGGUGAUACUGGAAGUUUAUCUGUAUCAAUACUUUAGAAGAUGAGCACCAUGUCUAAAAAGUGAAGGGAAGGAACUAAAUAAUUUGAUACUAAGUGAUCUUUAUUAUCAUCUAGAAGGAGAGCUUGAAGGUUGUAAAAUAAGCACUGGACCAUUUAAAGAACUUUCUGAAUACCUAGUUGAUUCAAAAGUUAUGCACAAUUACCAACAUAAGUAUGACAAUGACUUUCUUGUAACUUGCAAAGAUGUGUACCUGUUUGAUCCUUAGCGUGUAUGGGCAGAUUUGGGAUCUGAUCUUUGGAACUAUCUAAAGUGGAAAACAUCUAAAGAGAUCACAAAAAGAAUGCUAUCUCAUAUGAUGGAGGCAAACUCUAUGGUGUUGCUUAGAAAUUCAAAGCUUGCUGCAUUGAAAUCCUUAAUUACUGUCUUAACUAUCUACGAGAAAGAUGCGAGUUAUCAGACUCUGAUUGCCUUUUGUUGCAUGCCUAAAGUGAAGUUUAGGGUCUGCAGCUGCUUUUCUUUAGUUGCAUUUUGAAAGUUAAAAAUUUAGGUUAUCUGGUGUGAAAAUAAUACGUGUAGUCUAUUCAUAAUCUGCCAGAGUUUGUAGUAACUGAAAGUCUUUUCAUAUUUCUUUGCAUUGGGUUGAGGAUUCUACAGUAAUUUUUAUACAUUUGUAAACACUACACAGUACUAUAUCAGCGUAAUUGACUGUGAAUAUGUAUCACUGUUUUGUAAUUACUUGUUAGUGCCCAAAUAACUUAAGGUCUAGAGUUUAGUACCUGUUUGAGCUCCAUAUUCUA